UCACUCACUCACUCACUCACGCACUCCGCCCGCACUCCGAGCAUCGCCGCUGCCGGGAACCUGCGCGCACUGCGGCCGCGCCACGCGGGGAGGAUCCGCUCCACGCACACGCACACGCGGGGAGGAGCAGAGACAGACCUGCCGGGGGGAGGACAGACAGACAGACAGGGACGGGAGGACAGACACACAGACAGACAGACAGGCAGACGCGCUGGAACUUGGCUGGUUUUAGUCCCGAGCUCCGCUGCAAGUUUCUCCGCGGUCGCAGGAGCAGGAGGACACGGGAGCGCGGCCGCGCCACGCACGCCGUUGCUGGAUAUUUGCGUCCACGUUGUUCCGCCGCGGGAGCAGAAUGGCAGGAGGGUGGGUGUCUCCGGCCGGCACCUGGCUGCUGGCAGCGGUCCUGCACGCAGCGAUCAGCCCCGCAGCGCAAGGUGCUGGUGCUCAGAAAGUGCGGGUGGAUGAGGAGGUGGAGGCGUAUCCCAACGAAUCCGUGGAUCUGCACUGCCAGUUUAUCGACGGAGGAGGCCACACCAAGCUCACACAGGUAUCUUGGAUAUGGGAGCCUCUGGAUGGCGAAAGGGACAACAUUGCUGUAUUCCACCCAGUCUAUGGACAAAGUUUCCCCAACGUGGCCUUUAAGGAUCGAGUCGUCUUCCUCCAGAACCAUUUGGAGACCCCCUCCAUCAGGAUUUCCAACCUGGAAAUGUCUGAUGCUGGCCGCUAUACCUGCGAAUAUGCCACCUACCCCUCUGGAAAUGAACAAGCGACGACCACCCUCAUCAUGCUCGCUAAACCCAAGAACUCGGCCAGCGUUGUGACCGUCCAGGCCAGCAACAAGUCUGUGAUGGUAGCUUGGUGCGAGGCGGCGGACGCCAAGCCCGCAGCCUCCAUCAAGUGGCUGGCGUCCGUCGGAGGGAAUCACUCCACGAGCUCCACAGUCGGACCGGACGGCACCAUCACGGUACGCAGCGAGUACUGGCUGGUCCCCACGGCGGCGGACAACGGCCGGGAGGUGACCUGCAUGGUGGAGCAGAGGACGCAGGAGCGGCCGUGGGCCGACUCUCUCCAGCUUUUUGUGGAGUAUCCCCCCUCCGUCUCCAUAGAGGGCUACGACAACAACUGGUACGUUGGCCGUUCCGAUGCCAUGCUGCUCUGCCAGGCCAACGCCAACCCUGCACCGACUGCUGUCACCUGGACCUCGGCUUCCGGCUCUUUGCCAGAAACGGUGGUGGUGGAUGACAACAAGCUGAUGGUGAAGAAGGUGGACGAUGCCGUCAACACCACGUUCAUCUGCGAGGUCAAGAACAAGCGUGGGGUCAGCAGACACCAGAUCACCACCUUCGUCAUCGAAGCCCUGGAAGAUCCGUCCAGUACCGGCGCCGUGGCCGGGGCAGUGAUCGGCUCCCUGCUGGCCCUGGUAUUGGUCGUGGCCCUCAUUGCCGUCCUCCUGACCCGCAGCCGCCGCCAACAGAGGCGCGGCUACCCCAGCAGCGCGGACUCCAUGGCAACGGGGAGCAGCGGCAGCAACAGUGGGGAUGUCGGGAACAAGGCCCGUCUGCUCUUCAUCAGCUCCGGAAUCGAGAGCAAGAACGGAGCCGGCGCCAACAACACGGGGCCCAUGUACACGUACCGGGAGGGCUGCGACGCCACGGGGACGCUGACGGAGAAGGCCAACAGCUACCACCACCAUCACCUCCACCGUGACUCAACCGGCAACCUCCCGACCCCCCACGACAUCCUCCUCUGCGCUGAGUUGGACGAAGCGGAGAGAAGGAAAUUUGAGCUGGACGACAGCAUGGAGGAGGAAGAGGAGGCAUAUGAUCGGUUUGGAGUUGUCGGGGGAGGCGGGAACAUGCUACAACCAUCCUACCAUGCCCAAGGGGUCCGUGUCAGUGAAGAGGAAAUGGAUGUGUACCUCGAUGAUGACAUGGAGUCUCAGAGAGAUGGCUCUGUCAUUUCCAGGACUGCCAUUUACGUCUGAGGAUCAAUGAAGGAGAAGAAAGGAAAGGAAGGGGGCUAAAAAAAAUGGAAAGAGGAGAUAGAGGAGGAAGUGAGGAGCUCGACACUGAAUGAAUCAAAAUCACCUCCAUUAGCUCGACACAUACCUGCUUAACAUUCAGCUUGAUCCAGGAGUGGCCAUCGAUUAUUUCCUCUGUGUUUCAUCACGCACUGUAUCGUUUUCUAUGAAGAGGACUGAUAGAAUAAUAAAAACAAAGUUAGAGAGAAGUAGUCGUGAUGCUAAUGGUGGCAAUCGUGCACUGUGGCUUAAUGUAUGCUCGUGUUUGUCCUGAGGGGAGACGUUGGAGUCGGUGUCAGUGAAACGUAGCAUCAAGCUGAACACAUGCUGCCAAAAGCCAAGCGAAACCACUGCAGCUCCUGCUUGUUGCUACGUCCUUGUUUCUUCAGCUUUGCUUUGUGAUUAUCCGCUGAGUGACUGAAGUGUUUACGCUUGAUGGAAAAAGCCGUUUCAAAUACUCAAAGCACCAUUACCGCUCUUCUCAAACCACACUGUUGGAAAGGUGCCGCUCGGAGACCACAGAGAGGACGAGUCGUUGCGAGGCCAUCUGCCGGGCGACCGCCGCCGUCGGACGGUGGGGGGGGGGUCCCUGCUCAUCCCAGCGAUGACUGUGUGUGGGUUUGACUCCCGCUGCACCCUCCGACACCGCCUGGGUGAAGCGAGGGGCCACCAGCACCAGAACAGACCUGACAGCGUGUGCUAAUGUGUGGCAGGCUGUGCUGGUAAUGACGUGCGUCAUCUGCAUACGGGGCGCCGUUGCACUAUAGCACAGAUGUAGUUGUUGUCGUACAUGUGUUAUUGUUGUUGUUGUUACUCUUGUGUAAUGGUGUUGAUCUUGCAAAGGAAGAGAUGCACCGGGAGCCUUGGGGGUUUCACAUAGUCCCACAUUGGGUCAUUAAUGACUCAUUUAAUGAGUACACACACAAAAAAGUGCAUUUCUUUGUUUUCAAAUCUACUUCUUCUCUUUGCUUUUAAGUUCUUUGCAUUUCCUCCAUGCCAGCUUUUUCUGUUCUCUCUCCAGCUCUGCCUCCAUGCUCCUUCUGAACUUCUCCUAAGCAUAGAUUAAUUACAUCCCUUCCUCAGUUUCCACUUUUGUUAUUUGCAUUCUGGGCAGCUUAGACGACUGUGCGCAGAGAAGGGGACAACUUCUGUCUGUGCUCCUAUCUGGGUCGCGCUCAAUGGGGAAGAAUACUCGCAGUAUUUAAUGUAUUCAUUUCUACAUCGUGCAGGAUGUUUUUCAAGCUUUGCACGGAAAAACACAAUCCACAAUUACAAGAAGUGAAAAUCAUCAAGAUGAAACAUAAAAUGCUCAAAACUCAGCAAAGAGUCCACGAGAUCAAAUGAUGUGACUCGCUUUCACAAUAAAAACACGAUUCUAAAAAAAUUGGCCCAUCACUCGCUAGUGUAUAUUCUUCAAUUAUUAAGCAAGUUGCAGUAAUUGAGGAGUAAAGGCACCAACAACAUGUGAUCUCAUGGGGACGUUCCAGAGCGAUGAGCUACGAAGCUGCUGAUGCUGUACGAGGAAAAACAAAAGCAGAAGUUUCAAACGGCUCAGACUGAGAAAACGGUGGGGAAGAUGUGAUCAGCACUGAGGAGAGAUUUGGACGGUUGGUUUCAUGUCGAUAAGAUAGCUAAAAGUUAAUUGCUCUGCUUUGCAGUUGCUCUCCACAGCUGCAGCAGGACGCACGAAUCCAGGCAUCAGCUCACCGUUUGGUUUGAUCAGGGCAGUCCUGACAAAUGCAGGUCCAGAUUGGAUCUUUAAAGGGGACCUAUUAUGAAAAACACGUUUUCUCUUGCUUUAACAUGUAUAAAGUGGUCUCCCCUCAGCCUACCAA